CCAUCACUGCUCGUGACCUCCCGCGGGUCAUUAUUUAUACCUCCAUGAAUCAUGGCCCAAAUCAAAACGGAACCCGUCAUCUUCUCCCACCUCGCAGGCUCUCCGAGUUCUCCCUGCAAUCGGAUAGUUAUCCUUCCACCGCCGUUUCCAUCACUCUCUAUAUAUAGACUUCGCCGAUUCAUUCUCUCCUUCCUUUCCUCAGGAUCCAAUCCGAGCGUAUAAGGAAAGUCUCUCUGGUUCGUUUUGGUCCCGCCCUUCCUCUCGAUCUCUCGCCAUGGGUAAGAUCCGAUCCCUUUUCCGCUGCCACCGGUCCAAGCGUCCGACCGGUCACUCCCACUCGGAGGCCCCCCGCCCCGCUGCCCCCCCGGCUGCUGACCCCGGCGACUUGGAGCGAGUCUUCAACAAAUUCGAUGCCAAUGGCGACGGCAAGAUCUCGUCGGCGGAGCUCGCCGCUGUCCUCGAGAUUCUCAGCGGCCAGCCGCCCUCCGAGGAGGAGCUCAGCCGCAUGAUGCGCGAGGCCGAUGUUGAUGGCGACGGAUUCAUCUCCUUCGCCGAGUUCGUCGACCUCAACACUGCUCCCGCGGCGCUCGAGGAGGACCUCCGCCUCGCCUUCGCUGUCUUCGACCUCGACCGCAGCGGCUCCAUCUCGGCGGACGAGCUCGCCCACAUCCUCGGCGGGAUCGGGGAGGGUGCCUCCCUCGCCCAGUGCCGCCGCAUGAUCGACGGCGUCGACCGCGACGGCGAUGGCCUCGUCAGCUUCGAGGAGUUCAAGGCCAUGAUGACCGCUGGCGGAAGCAGCGCCCAUGCCUUUGCCGCCACAACUUAGGCGGUGGACUUCUCAAAUCGAAUCAAUCUCGAUCGAGGUGCGUAGCUCUCUCUCCUCCUCUUCCUCAUCCCUCUUGCCAUCUGGUCCGUUCCUUUCUCAGUCUCUGUUUCUCCUUCGUCUCUCUAUAGAAAUGGAUGCUGGGAUUGGGUAGACAUGAUGGUGUUAGUUGGAGUUGGAAUAAUUUAAUUGUAUCUAAAGCGGAUCCUCACUUUUUUCUUUAA